AUAAACUGAUCAAUCUGCAGUUCCCCCUGAAAGCUAGUUUCCGUUGACGAUCCCCGCUCACCAGUAGACUUCUAUUCUCGAUUCCACAUGGUUCGUUUACCUGAUUGAGUUUCAAUACUUUGGUCUCCUUUCGUUUGUUACGUAAAUUUCGAGGAUAAGCUUUUACUCGAAUGUCGAGACGGUCUUUUUAGAGGAUCUGCUUACUAUUGAGGCGCCUCACAAUCGUCCUCUCUUGCUUUCUCUUGGGCAAUUCCCAUGGGAAGACGAUUCGCGUGAGAACCUUCUGGACGUGACUUCAUACGAUGUGACAACAGCGAAGGCCAUUGUACGAGGAGCCUACAGCAGUGAAGGUUAGGAGGAACAGAGGCGACGACACGAGACGGCAGUAGCAGAGAGCGAGCAGGCAUCAUGGUUCGCAGGCAGAGAACGCGGCCUGGAACCAAGAGCGACCGAGCAGAGUAGUAACGGCAUUUGAGUCGACUCAAGAGCGACCGAGUGUUAGUAAGCAACGAAUUGUCAUGGUUCGCAGGCAGAUACCGCGGACUGGAGCCGAGCAUGGUCGCAAUGACGUGCGACCUGCUCGUGACGCAAACGGGAUUGCUCUUAUCGCGGAUGGGGAGAGGAACCAGCGGAGCGGUGGAAUUUCGGCGAGUGGGAGGAGAGAAGUAGAGGAGGAGGAGUCGACUGGGGAGGAAACCCUUGUGCCAUACGGCCCAACAGGAGCUUCUUCAGUCAAGGAUGACUUUAAGGAGCCUCGAAAGCGGAGCGGUGGAUUUCCGGCAAGCGGGAGGAGAGGGGAAGCGGAAGAGUCGCCUGGGGAGGAAACCCUUGCGCCAGUAGGGUCACCAGGAAUUUCUUCUGUCAAGGAGUCGCCUAAGGACAAACCUGUCAAGGAAUUACCUCAAGAGUGCGCUUCAACUAAUGAGUCAUCGCCCGAAGAAUCUCACGAGCAGGAACCCAUUCUGAAAGUCACUCGUGAGGCGCCUCAGAUUCCUUCGGUCAUGGCGGCUGCUGAGGAAGCAGGACUCAAAUCGACUCAAGCCGACUCUUCGGCCAGUGAAGCAUCUCGCAAGCAGAACUUUCCUGGCUGUGAGGCAGCAUACCCACACGAUCAUCAGGCGCGGUCUCAGGGCUCUCAAGCGUGCCCCCACGACCCCCAAGCAUGCCCCCAGGGCCCUCAAGCGUGCUCCCACGACCCUCAAGCCUGCCCCCACGACCCUCAAGCAUGCCCCCAGGGCUCUCAAGCGUGCUCCCACGACCCCCAAGCAUCCCCUCAGGGCGUUAGUAUACAGGAGCAGUACGAGAGGGAGUUUGGUGGUUACCUGAACAGUUACAGGUUUGCGCACCCUGCUACAGCUGCUGCUACUGCUGCAGCCGGGGCUAUAGCUGGCGCACCGGCUGCUGCUACAGCUGGCGUGACAGGCGCUGCAGGUGGUGGUUUGAGUGUGGAGGAGUUCAGGGCUCUGGAGUGCCCUCAGCUGAAAGGCUGCGUGUACCUCGACCAUGCAGCAGCAGCAGUGUACACACGCUCACAGGUGGCAGCUGCCACCAGGGCCCUCACUCGCUCCCUCUUCUCCAACCCUCACAGUGCCAGUAGCAGCAGUGCAGCUACAGCAGACGCCAUUGAAUCGCUACGCAUGCAGGUGCUAGCCAUGUGCCACGCCCCCCCCUCCCUCUACGCCUGCGUCUUCACCAGCGGCGCCACUUCAGCGCUCAAAACGGUCGGCGAGGCGUUUCGAUGGGCGGCCGGCAGCCAGCUGGCGAUGACGGUGGACAACCACAAUUCGGUGCUAGGGAUCAGAGAGUAUGCACUGAGAGCUGGCGCAACAGUGUCUGUUGUUGACAUUAGCUAUGAGGAUGACUAUAUGGGGGAUGAAGAGGAAGCGGAUAACGAAGGAUGUGGAGAGGAGGAAGAGGAGGAUGAAGAAGGGAGUGGUGAGGAUGGGAGUGAGAAUGGAAGUGAGAAGGAGAGUGAGAAUGAGAGUGCAGAGUUGAGUGACAAAGAGGAGGGGAGAAAGGAGGAAGUGGAAGUUGAUGGAGUUAUUAUGGUAUUGAGAAAGGAAGUGAAAGAAGAAUCUGGAGGAGAGGAGAGGAGUGAGGAAGGGGAGGAAGCAGAGGACGAGGAGGGGGACGAUGAAGAGGAGGAGCAGGAGGAGGGGGGGGAGGAAGAAGAAGAAGAAGAGGAGGAGGAGGAGGAGGGGGGGGAGGAAGAGGAAGAAGAAGAGGAGGAAGAAGAAGAGGAGACAAGGGCGGUUGUGAGGUUGGCCAAUAGGAGAAAAGUAAGAUUGGCUUUACCUGGGAGCAGGAACAAACGCAAGGGGUCAAAGGAGGGGGAAGAAGAGGAGGAAGAGGAGGAGGAGGAGGAAGAGGAGGAGGAAGUGGAGGAGGACGAGGGAGAUGAGUCAGAGGAUGAAGAGGGGGGGAAGGCGGGAGUGAGGGUAGGUGGCAGGAGGAAGGUUCGAGUGGCCUUACCUGGGAGCAACAAGAGCAGGCGCAGGGGAGCAGAGGAGGACCAUGAGGAGGAAGAGGAGGAGGAGGAAGAGGAGGAGGAGGAGGAAGAGGAGGAGGAGGAAGAGGAGGAGGAGGAAGAGGAGGAGGAGGAAGAGGAGGAGGAGGAAGAGGAGGAGGAGGAAGAUGAGUCAGAGGAAGAGGGGGGGAAGGUGGGAAUGAGGGUAGGCAGCAGGAGGAAGGUUCGAGUGGCCUUAUCUGGGCGCAACAAGAGCAGGCGCAAGGGAGCAGAGGAAGAGGAGCGGGAGGAGGAAGAAGGAGAGGAAGAGGAUGAGGAGGAUGAAGAGGACGAGGAGGAGGAGGAUGAGGAGGAGGAGGAGGAGGAGGAGGAGGAGGAAGGGGUUGAAGAGGAGGGGAAGAUGGGAGUGAGGGUGGGCAGCAGGAGGAAGGCUCGUUUGGCUUUACCCGUCAGCAGCAGGAGCAAGCGCACCGCUGCAACCGGGCAACAAAAAACACAAGCAGUUGAUGAUACUGGACGACUGCAAACGCAAGCAGUUGCUGAUAGUGGACAACUGCAAACACAAGCAGGUCCACGUCCAGGUGCGGGGAUAGCAGCACGUGUAAGGAAAGUCGAACCUGUAGGGUUGGGAGCUCAUGCUGAAAUCGGCCCUUCUCAAGUUCCAGCCCUUCUUGCCGAACCAAUGCUGACCGAACCACAGCCCACCAGAGCUGCUUCUGAGCCUGGGUGCGAGGCUCGGGUAGGUGUGGCUGAUGGGAUAGGAGUGGCUGAUGGGACAGAUGUGACUGGGGGAGGCUCGAGCGCAAAAGGCAGUGGUGCGAGGGGCAAUGGGGAGGGAAAGACGAGACAGGGUGGAGUGGUAGGCUUGAGUAAUGGGGUGGGAGGGCGCAUGGGGAAAGAAAGUGAGGCAGGGAAGGUGAGGAAGGAUAGACGGACAGGUGGGAGAAGUAGUAGUGUGGUCCUUGGAGGGGUGGUGGAAGGGGCGUCGAUUCGACUGGUGAACCGGUUUUCGAGGGCAGGAAGGGAGGAGGCUGCUGUGGGGGGGCGUCAAGAGCAAUUUACAGGGGCUGGAAGAGAGGAGAGUGAACGAGGAAAGGGGCAGGUGGCAGGAGGCAGGUGGGGGAGAAGAGGGAGGAAGGCGGAGCAGCAGCAGCAGCAACAGGAGCAGCAGCAGCAACAGGAGCAGCAGCAGCAACAGGAGCAGCAGCAGCAGCAACAGGAGCAGCAGCAGCAGCUGCUGCUGCCGUUCGUCCCGUGCCUGUUUACAAUGCCGGCUGAAAGUAACUUCAGCGGGGAGAAGUACGACUUGAGGCUGGUACAGUCAGUAAAGGAGGGGUGUCUGGAUGAGAUGAUUCAGCAGCAGCAGCGGCAGGGGGAGCAGCAGCGGCAGCAGCAGCAGCAGGGGGAGCAGCAACAGCAGCAGCAGCAGCAGCGGCAGCAGCAAGAGAAGCAGGCACCUUCAGAGGACAGAGCGUGGGGCAGCUUGCACCGUAGAGUGGGUGUGGGGGCGCUCUGGGGGUGGCUGGGAGGGGGGCGUGAAAAGACAGGUGGUGAUGAGGGUGGUGGGAAGGCCAGGAGUAGUGAUGGGGCAGAGGUAGGUAGUAGUGGCGCCAAGAUCAGGAGAGCCGGUAAUGAAGCGGAAAGAGAGGCAGGUGGUAGUGGCGGUGGCAGUGAGGGCGCUCGUGAGGGCGCUUGUGAGGGCGCUCCUCCCCCGCGUCGCUGGUUCGUGCUUCUGGACGCCGCCAAAGCUGCUGCCUCGGACCCUCCGGACCUCUCGCAGUGCCCUGCUGACUUUGUCGCUCUCUCCUUCUACAAGAUAUUUGGAUUCCCCACGGGCCUCGGAGCACUUAUCAUAAGGCGAGACGCUGCUUCCAUCCUUCGCAAGCCGUACUUCGGUGGAGGCACUGUGGCGGCAGUUCUUGCAGACUCCGACUUUGUGUCUCUGCGCCCGUCAUUAGAAUCCCAAUGGGAGGACGGCACCCUCCCCUUCCUCCAGCUUGCGGCGGAGCUCCCUCCAGGCCUCGCCUUGGUGUCUCGCCUCUCAUUUUCUGCCAUCCAACGCCACGUCUCGUCUCUUGCUCUCUUCACCGCCUCUCACCUUCUCUCCCUCCGUCAUUUCAACGGUCAGCGUGCCUGCAUAGUGUAUGGAAGGCACAGGACGCUUCUGAAAGCGUUUCAGGAUGCAGAAAGGAGAGCCAGGGAGGAAGAAGAGGGAGUGGUGGAAGGGCAGGGCGGGAUGGACGAACCACAGAGGAGAGUAGGGGAGAGGCAAGGAACAGGGUCCAAGCAGGGGGGGGAAGGGGAGGAAGGAAGAACAGUGUUGAAGCAGCAGGGGGGAGUGGUGGCGUUUAACUUGAAACGGAGUGAUGGGUCGUGGGUGGGGUACAAGGAAGUGGAGAAGCUAGCUGGCAUCCACUCUAUCCAUCUCAGAACCGGUUGUUUCUGCAACCCUGGUGCGUGUGCCAAGCACCUCCGCCUCUCUCACUCCCAACUCCUUCAAAACUACGAGGCGGGCCACGUGUGCUGGGAUGACAACGACAUCAUUGCCGGGCGGCCAACUGGUGCUGUGCGAAUCUCGUUCGGACACCUGUCAACAAUUGGUGACGUGGAGGCUUUCCUCUCGUUCAUCCAAACAUGCUUUGUGGAGCUGCCACCUCAGCAUGGUCCACCUCAGCACUUUCCACCUCAGCACACCGUCUCCUCCUCUUCUCCCAAUCCCAUCCCAUCCGCUGACUCCGUUCCGCCAGCCUCAACCACAAGCAGCAGCCUCACUCCCACGCCCCCUGCUUCCACCCUCCCUGCUUCCACCCUCCCUGCUUCCACCCUCCCUGCUUCCACCCUCCCUGCUUCCGCCUCUCCUCCUGCCUCUGCUGCCGCUGAUGCCUCCGCUGCUGCUAUUGCUGCUGAAGAGGACAGGGUAGCUUAUGGGAGUUUCAUUGAGGGAGGAGCGGAAACAUCAGAACGUGCAGGACAGGAGGAGCUGGUUCGAGCGGAUGUGCCUGCACGGACUGUGACUGUAGAGGCGCUGUUCGUGUACCCAGUCAAGUCGUGUGCUCCCAUGCAAGUCAAGUCAUGGCCCCUGGGGCCUUCUGGCCUGCUGCAUGACCGCGAGUGGCUCAUCAUCAAUGCCAUGGGCUCCCCCUUGAGGCCCAACCGGGUCCCCUCGCUGUACAGCCUCCGCCCCUCCAUCGACCUGGCUUCCCGCCUGCUCUCGAUUCACCUGAAACCUCCAGAAGGCACUCCUGCGGUCGCCCCCACAUCAGCGGCCAAAGCCCCUACGUCUCCCCUCCAAUUGCCUCUUGACAAGUGGCCUGAUGCCAGGCUGGAUGGCCUGCGAGUGUGUGGUGACAGCGUCCACGUGGCAGUGUACCCUGCUGACGUGGCCGCCUGGCUCUCCUCCGCCCUCGGCACGCCAUGUCAGCUCGUGAGGCUCCUGCCGCACGCCCGCCAGCAGAAGAAGCUGCCGAGAAGCAUCCUCAACAGCCAGGACAAUCAUAUCAGCACCAUCCAAGCCUCCCAAUCUACUUCUUCCUCCGUUCCUCUUCCAUCUCCCUCCUCCUCCUCCUCCUCCUCUCCCUCUCUCCAACCCAACACCCCCGCCUCUUCCACCCCCUCUCUGUCGUCCUCUCUCUCACUAGCCAAUGAGGGUCAGCUAUUACUGGUCUCAUCUGCCAGCCUGGCAGAUCUCAGGAGGAGAGUGGCGCAUGGGGCAGGGGGCGGGCUGAUGGGAGGAGGAGAGGGAAGAGAAACGGAAGGGAGAAGAGGAGCGGAGGCGAAUUCUCAAAAUGAGCGAUCCAGCUCCAAAUCUUCUUCCCUUGGGCCUCCUUCCACCGUAACUCCUUGUUGCCCUGCUGAUUGGCGCCUUAGGCUCGGUAACCCUGCCGAACCUAACGGUCUGGGCUCUGGCUUGGAAACAGAUCGAACGUCUUCCACAUCAGCACCAGCUGCUGCCGGGUCAUCAGGAUUUUCUCAGGCUGCUGACGUGGACAUGGAUAUGGAAGCUGAUGACACAUGGGUACUGCGGUUUCGGCCCAACAUUGUUGUGGGAGGUGCUGACGUGGCACCAUAUGAUGAGGACAAGUGGAAGGAGCUGGUUGGUCAAGACGUUUCCUUUGAGUCCCUUGCUCCAUGCAGUAGGUGCACCAUCAUCAACACACACCCCAUCACAGGCCAAUCAUCAGCCCCGGAACCUCUUCGAACGCUCUCUAGUUACCGCAGACACAAAGCAAACAUUAAUUUUGGUGUUCUCUUUAUGAUCAAGCACUGGAGCCUCAGCUCGCAAACCAACGUGCCUUGCUCUCACCCAUUGCUAUUUGUAGGUCAAGGUUUAGCAACCGUGUACGAAUGAUAUAUUCAAGCAAAUCAGUAACGACGUCAGGAG